AUGGAUGAAGUUUUGUUCUCAGGGCCUCUUUCUGUACAAAAGAACUCCAGCACAGCAGAGUACAUCUGCGAGCUGGCUAAGAAACCCGAAUUCUUCGAGCUAAAACUCUACAACCAGGCCACGUUCACAAUCAUGCUUUCUAAGCUCAAUGAAUCAGAGUACUACACCAUUAAAGAGACACAGAGCAUACGCGUGAACUACAUGUCUUUUAUAGCAACACUUAGCGAGCUACUAAAGCGCGUGCAGAGGAAAGAACUCUUUAUAGAAGUAGGGAGCACCAUAAAAAUCAUAGAAAGAAACACAUUCAGAAACAUUCUGCAUCUUGAGCUGCCGCUGAAGAAUCUGACUGAAAGCGAGUAUAAAAUGUAUAUAUCUGAGAUACUUAGCAAAUUAAAUCGAAAAACAAGUGCUUUGGAGAGAGAAAACAGCAUUCUGAAAGAAGAGCUGAUGUCCGCUAGGCGUGCCAAUGAUGAUAUGACGCAGCGAUACAGAGAGGAGCUUGAAAAGCUCGAGAGCACCACCAACCGCUCGCGCAGAGAAGCAGGUGACUUGGAGAUGAAAGUAAACAGCCUCAAAAAAAUCACUGAUGAAUCCGCAUUGGAAAUUGACCGUCUGAAAAAAGAAAAUAGAAUACUUGAGGACGACCUAAAGAAAGCAAAUGACAUAAUAAAAAGAAACUUUGAAGAUCUGAAAGGAAGAAUAAAAUCAGAAACACUUCUUAAAGAAGAAACCCGCAACUAUAAACAAGAAAAAGAAGACAUAGAGGCAAUAAACAGUCGGCUAGAAAUGGAAGUGAUGGAGAAAAACGAAGAGAUAAAGAUACUGAAAGAGCUAGAAGAGGAAAGGGCGGAAGCGAUAAACAACUUGAAAAUCAUGAACAAAUCACUUAAUAGAAAGCUGGAAAGUACAUAUAGAAUAUACAAUCGAAUAUACAAAAAGCACGAUGAGACAGAGGAGGACUCCAAGACAGAGGAAACCACUAGUUCUCUAAUAGCGCCCGAAAGUAUACAGUAUUAA